AUGGACGUCACGCAGCAGCUGGAAGCCGACGCGGGCUUCAUGGACAAGUACAGCCGCCAGAUCGGCGCGUUUGGACUCGAGACGAUGGCCAAGUUGGUGAAGCUCCGGGUUCUCGUCGUUGGGCUGCGGGGCGUGGGCAUCGAGUGCGCCAAGAACCUGAUCCUCGCCGGCCCCAGCGCCAUCACGCUGCACGAUGAGGGCGUUGCAGAGACGAGGGACUUGGGCACCAACUUUUUCCUGACCGAGGAGGACGUGGGGCAGCCACGCGCCUCUGCUGUCUCGCACAAACUCGCGGAGCUCAACAAGAUGGUGUCGGUGGCCGUGCACGAGGGACAGCUGACCGAGGACGUGGUGGCGGCGCACAACGUGGUGGUCUUUUCGCACACGAGCCGUCAAGAGCUGGUGCGCUGGAACCACUUUUGUCGCUGUCAGUCGCCGCCCAUUGGAUUCAUUGCGUGCGACGUUCGUGGGGCUUUUGGCUACGCGUUCACUGACUUUGGUGAGGAGUUUAAGAGCUUUGACGCCACGGGGGAAGCGCCGAUUACUCGUAUUAUCACGGACAUUACGACUGACGUGGACGGAGCGCUGUCCAUUUUGGGCCCCGAUGAGGACGGCAAGAUGCACGAGAUGCCGGACUCGGACCACGACGGGUGGAUUGACAUUCGUGACGUGCAGGGAAUGAAGCUGAAGAGCGACCCGAAUCAGUCCAUCAAUACGAUGGGUCCGCGUCGCAUCGAGUUUGCCAACAAGAAGGCGUUUCGCAAUGGUAAAGAGGUAGAAGUCUUUGACGCGUACCGUCUCAAAAUCGGUGACACAUCGGACUUUACACCGUAUGAAGGUGGAGGCAUGUUUACGCAGCAUAAGAAGCCGUUCAUGGUCAAUUUCAAAUCGCUAGAAGAGUCGCUGGUCUCUCCGGUGCCCGCAGGCGAGUUUGGCCUUGCGUUCACGGAUGGGGCCAAGUUUGGGCGUGCGGAGCAAUUGCACAUCAUCAUGUGGAGUCUUAUGGAAUUCGAGGAGCGUCACGGACGUUACCCGAAGCCACACAAUGAUGCGGAUGCAGAUGAAGUUGUGGACAUUGCCAAGAUGGGUAUUCAGCACGUUUCCGAUUAUACUCGCGAAGGUGCGCAUCAACAGGAGGUGAUGCGGCUUGAGGAGCUGGACGAGACGCUAGUGCGACAAGCUGCUUUCUACUCUGCGAUCGAGCUGCAUCCUCUUGCUGCUUUCUAUGGCGGUGUGAUCGCUCAGGAAGUUGUCAAGUUCACUGGCAAGUUCACGCCAUUGAAGCAAUGGCUGCAUUUGGAUGCGUUUGAGGUCUUGCCUGAUAAACGUCCCACGGAUGCAGAGCCAAUUGGUUCGCGAUAUGACCACAUUAUUGCAGCCUUUGGUUUAUCGUUCCAAAAGAAACUUGGAAACGUUCGUACAUUCCUGGUAGGGUGUGGUGCGCUUGGAUGUGAGUACCUGAAGAACUUUGCCAUGAUAGGCGUUGCGUGCGGCGAACAUGGUCUUGUGACUGUCACAGACAACGAUCGGAUCGAAGUGAGCAAUCUGAAUCGUCAAUUUCUCUUUCGAGAGCACAACGUGGGCCAGCCCAAGUCCGUAGCUGCUACGGCUGCCGUUCAUCAGAUGAAUGCUGAUCUUAAUGUGAAAACCCUUGAGCAGUUGGUGGCUCCGCAUACAGAAAACGUUUUCGACGACGACUUUUGGACAGGCGUGGACAUCGUCACGAACGCCCUGGAUAAUGUGAAGGCACGAUUGUAUGUGGACAGCAAGUGUGUCUUUCACAAAUUGCCAUUGUUGGAAAGCGGAACACUAGGCACGAAGUGUAACGUACAGGUUGUGAUCCCCUACAAGACACAGAGCUACGCAGAUGGUCCGAAGGAUGCUGAAGGUGACGGUAUCCCAAUGUGCACGUUGCGAAACUUCCCUUCGCUCAUUGAACACUGCAUCGAGUGGUCGCGCGCGCAGUUCGAAGACUUGUUUGUUGUGCCGACCGCAGAAGCGAAGAAAUUUGUCGAGGAUCGCGCAGCUUAUUUGAGCCAGAUCGAGAAGGCGACCCUGGAAAACUCGAAUGCGAAACUCGUUCCAGCAGCUAUCGUGCAAGAGCUUGACCGCCUCCGUGACCUACGUGCCACCCUGCAGAUAGCGAGAGGUGUCACGUUCGAGAAGUGUGUCGAGCUGGCGUUCAAGCUCAUGACGUCGCGCUUCCGUGACCGUAUUCUGCAGCUCAUUCACAACUUCCCGGAGGACCAUUUGACUAACUCGGGCGAGAAGUUUUGGUCCGGGGCGAAGCGUUUUCCGCAAGCCGUGGAAGACUUUGACCCCACGAAUCCGCUGCACCUGAACUUUGUUCGCGCCACUGCUAACAUUUUAGCUGUUUGCUACGGCAUUCAACCGCCUCCUGAGCAAGAGUUGGUCGCUGCUGAUGCCAAGUGGCGUGACCCGUCUACGUUCGCAGAGUUUGGCAGCAACUAUGUCCCGCCGGCAUGGAAGCCGUCAAACGAGAAGAUUGCCGCCGACUCGGAUGAAAUCAAGCGUCUGGAGCAGGAGAAAAUCAAGAACUCGAGCGAUUCUGAUAAGAACGAGCUCAUUGCGCUGAUGGAUGAGCUCAGAGCGUUCGAUCUCUCGGGUUUGUCGUUCGAGCCGGCAGAUUUCGAGAAGGAUCAGGACAUGAACUUCCACAUUGAUUUCAUUUACGCGGCAUCCAACUUGCGGGCCUUCAACUACCGCAUCCGCGAUGCGUCGCGUCACAAGUGCAAGAUGAUUGCGGGCAAGAUCAUUCCAGCCAUUGCAACUACGACAGCGUCCGUGACCGGCCUAGCAAUGCUAGAGAUGCUGAAGCUAGUACAGCGCAAGGAGCUGGAGGCUUUCAAAGACUCAUCGAACUCGCUGGGGCUGAACAUGUAUCUGAUGCAGGAACCAGCGGCCCCUGCUCGUGCAAAGGAUGAGUACGAUGUAGUGGAAAUGUCCGAGGUGAAGUGCAAGCCUCCUGGAUUCACGAAGUGGGACUCUACUGUCAUCGACUUGACGCCUGGGUCGACCCUCGACGACUUUCUUGUUCUGUUCAAAGCGAAGACGGGGCUCAACUGCGACUUGCUGUUCCACCGCGUGGCAGAAAUGAGCAACGCCGGCGCCGGCGACAAGGACCCGCGCUACCGCGCGGUCAGCGGCUUGAUGCUCUAUGACCGCAACGCCUAUGGCAAAGCGUUGCAAGACCUCUAUGCCAGCCAGAUGGCACAGCCGUUGCGUGCCUUUGUGGAGUCGCGUUACGAAGGACUCGUGGACUGCAGCCGCAAGUACAUUGAGCUGCAGACGUCGUGCACUGACGACGCCGACAACGUGUACAAGGUGCCGACAGUCAUUUGCAAGUUCGGCUAG